UUUCCUGUGGCCGCGUAUUGAAAGACCACGUCGCCAGAUGCAUGGGUUUCUUUGCGAUUGCACACGUGUGUGGCCAGCGGGAUGGAGAUAGGGAGAGAAGGAAUGAUUUGAACACCGCUGGCUCAAGCCAGGCCGCACUGUCUUCCCUGGCGGUCUGAGGGAGGAAGGAGGAGAAGGCGACUUGGGAGAAGGAGGAGGAGGAGGUCCUCUGCCCUACCCCUGCGCUCCAUGCUGUGCCGCGUGUUGGCCCUGGUGGGGUCGGCGCUGCCAUUGCUCGCCCGCGGCGACGAGAAGCUGGUCGGGGAGGAUGGGCAGCCCGUCCUGAGCUGCCAGUGCAAGGGGAAGAAGGCGACGCACGGCUACUGCGGCUACCACCUGAACGCGUUCUCCGACAGCGACCUGCCCUGGUGCAGGACGAAGCACGGGUGCGGGCAGCAGUCCAUCCGCGGCGCCUGGACGCAUUGCAGCCCGCAUGCCGUCGAGAGGCGGCUCGCUAACGACGGGAAGUUGUACCACGUCAAAGAGUUCAGGGAUUUCUACAAGAAGGAGGGGAAGCAGAAGUGGGCCGACGCGGCGCCUUUCGUGGAGAGGAGGAUGGCCUCGAACCGUGUCGCGUACACGGUGCACGAGUUCAGGAGCUACUACAUCGACGGCCUCGGCGAGGAGGGCUGGGUGGACAAGUGGAUCAACGCCGACCCCGAGCAGCGGAGGGCGAAGGACGGCAAGUGGUACACCUGGAACGACUUCGUCAAGCAUUACGACCUCAAGGAGGCGUUCGACAAGUGGGACGCCUCCGCCAUCUGGCUCGACGGGGAGCUGUAGCCGGCCGAGGCGGAGGAGGAGGAGGAGGAGGGAUGACGCCGUGCGCGGGUGCCCGCGCCGUGCGCGCGCGCUGCCCGCAGCCCCUGCGAGCUGGAACUGUUUGAAGCGCUUCCUGCAGGCGUUGGCCCCGCGGCGCAGCACAGAGGCCUUGGGCGAGAGCCAGCAAGAAGUCGUGCGCGCGCAGGCCGUGCACUGGCUGCGCGUCAUCGAGGAAGCAGGGGCCUCCGGCGCCGCGCGCCUCUUCGUGGCCGGGGACGGCCGCGGCGUGCCCGCGGUGCGCUACGGCGCGCGCCCGGACGCUCCGCCAGCCCUCUGCGUGCCGAGCGGCUUCCAGGGCGGCGCGGGGCCCGAGGACCAGCGCCUCUGCGACGUGAUCGCCGAGUACAACCCGCAGAUGCAGAGCGCUCUGGCCUCGGAGGGCUGGCCGGAGCACAUCUGCGACCGGCUGGGCGGCAGCGCCGCCGCCAGGGCGCCCGGCGCCGGCGCCCAGG